AUAACCAAAAAAUCAAAUUUUCUUUAGUUUUUGUUAUACUUUUUUUUUAAGAUCAAGGAUUACUUACAUCUAUCACAAGACCAAACCAGUAAAGGACUAGUAAGAUUGAUUUCUAAUGAACUAGGGUUCCAAGAAUCAAUGGGAUUCAAAUACCUAAGAUGAAAAGGUACUUCUACUUCUACUAAACCCUUUGAUUUGGUUCGAAACAGGUUUGUUAAAGUUGGUAAAGGAAGAAGUAAACUAGAAGAAGUAGCCAAAGAAAUUGGUGAUUCUAAAUCUCUUGAUCCCCAACUGAUCGGUUUAUUGAAUUGAUCUAAAUUAGAAUCAUGUGAAGUGAUGAUGGAUGGGUUCGGAAUCAGUUGGCUUUCUAGAGUCUUUUCUUGUGAUAAGUUUUCGAGUUGGAAUCGAUCAAAGAAUAAAGCUGGAUUGAUCGAUUUGAAUAAGAUUGAGAUUAUACAUUCAGUAGGUAUAGGUUUAGGUUGGGUUGAUGAUGAUGGAUGAUUUGGUGUGAAUGAGAUUGAUAGCUUUAGUCUUGGAUGUUGACCUGGAUUUGCUCUUAGUACCUCACCUACUACUACCCCGGCUGGGAAUGGUACUACUACUAGUACUGGCAGUGGUGGUACACACUCGGGUUGUUAUGUAUUCUUUAAUACCAAAACGAAAUGUGUAGCCAGAACUUCUAGUAACAAUUGUCCACCUAAAAAGACAUCGAUUC